AUGCACAGAAUACGGAAAUUCUUACAUAACAAGGAAGCGUACAGUCUUCAUAAACCAGUGAGAAGACGGUUUAAAAGAAACCAUGUCAUUAGCUCAGGGAAAGACGACUUAUGGAUGGCGGACUUGAUCGAUAUGGUGAAGUUUGCCAAGUUAAACGAUGGCUACAAGUAUAUCCUUCUGGUCAUUGACACGUUUUCCAAGUACGUGUGGUUACGGCCGUUAAAAUCGAAAACGGGUGACGAGGUGGCCAAGGCGUUUAAAGAUAUCUUCACAACAAUAUCUCCAGCAAAGCUCAUCACAGACAAAGGUCAGGAAUUUAGAGCAAAUAAAGUCCAGUCACUGAUGCGUGAAUAUGAUGUCAAGUACUUUCCAACGCAGAAUGAGACGAAAGCUUCCACAUCUGAAAGAGCCAUUUUAACCAUCAAAAGUAAACUGUACCGAUAUUUCACCCACAAAGACAGUUAUUCCUAUUUGCCUGUCUUACAAGAUAUAGCAAACAGUUACGAUCAUACGUAUCACAGAACGAUAGGAAUGUCACCAUCAGAGGUAACAGACACAAACCAGGAGGAAGUGCGACUGGCCACCUACUUCGCCCAGAAUGGAUCACGUCCAAAACAAGACACAAAACUCAAACCAUUCAAAUUCAAAGUCGGGAAUUAUGUGAGAAUCAGUCAUCUGCGAAAUGCUUUUACGCGCGCUUAUGACGAAACUUACACGGGCGAGAUCUACAUAAUUCACAAGAGAUAUCACCGAGGAACUUUACCGAUCUACAGACUCCGUGAUUUACAAGACGAGGAAAUUAAAGGAACAUUUUAUGAAUCUGAACUGCAAAAAAUGAACUAUGACCCCGAACAGACUUUUAAAAUUGAUAAAAUCAUUAAAACGAAAGGCAAAGGACAUAAUAAACAGUAUUUUGUGAAAUGGAAAUAUUAUCCCAAAAAGUUUAAUAGCUGGGUGAAAGCCAGUGACAUAGAAUAG